AUGGCGCCUAGACUCCCUCCUCCACCUCAGCCUAACGAGCCCGAUACGUCCAACAGCACAAGGUUGAUGGAGACUGUGAUUGAUAGACUGCAGCAUCAAAAUAUUACUUUAAUGGAGCAGAAUGCCACGCUGAUGCAGCAGAAUCAGAACGCCAUGCAGAGCUUGGAGGCCGCUCGCGCCAGCUCUGAGACUACACAGCGGCAAUUAAUGGAAAUUCUUGCUGAAACCAGGGGCACGCCGGGGGCGUCCUCUUCUAAUGCUACGACACAUGCUGAGUGGAGUUUGGAAAGCUUCCUUCAACACCGCCCAGCCAAGUUCAGUGGGACGUGCCUUCCUGAUGAGGCAGACCAGUGGCUGCGUGACAUGGAAAGGAUUUAUAACGCUAAGAUGUGCCCAGAUGAGAACCGCUUAGCAUUCACAGAAUACCUUCUGACUGGAGAAGCGAGCCACUGGUGGGCGAGCGUGAGGGCCAUAUUAACGGACGCUCACAGUCCUAUUACAUGGGAAGUUUUCAAAAGCAAAUUCUAUGAAGAAUAUUUUCCAGAUAGCGUCCGUUUCGCCAAAGAGGUGGAGUUCCUACAGUUGACACAAGGAGGGAUGACCGUUUCUGAGUAUACGAACAAGUUUAAGCACUUGGUUUGUUUUAAUACCAUGGCAACCAGUGCGGAGUGGCAGUGUAGAAAAUUUGAGAAUGGUUUGAGGAGCGAUCUAAAGGUGUUAAUCUCCAGCCUGUGUAUCCGUUCAUUUCCUGCAAUGGUUGAGAGAGCAAAGGUGUUGGAGAAGAACAUGGCUGAAGCCGAACAGCGUAAGAAGCAACAGACUUCCAGGGGACCGAUACUAACAAGACCAAAUCUGACUCGGAAUAGUACUCCAUACGCGCGUCCAGGACAGUCAA